CAACCCGAACACGAACCAUAUGAAAACCAAUCUUCUUCAACAUUACCAAGUCGGAGAACGCCGUACCAUCACAGCUAAAACAGAACACCACUAAACUCAACUCGUCCUCUCCCAACUCACUCAUGGCGUCCAUCCACGCCAUAGCUCCCCAGAGCUUCCCAAACGUCCCAAAACCCAAUCCCAGAAAACCCAUUACUUCCCACCCAAAACCCACCUCAAGCUGCAAUCUUUACACCCCCAAACUCCCAAAGACCCAGUCUUUCCCCUUAAACAAUAGGAAACCCACUUGGGUCCUCAACUCGGUGGCCCAACACCAAGAAUGUGACGUCAUCCCAGUUCAGAGCUCUGACUGUGUUGACCAGCAGGAAGGGAUGGUGGUGAGCAGGGUAGAGUGUGAAGGUGUGGAGAGCGAGUUGGUGAGUCAGGUCGGUGGGUUUGGAGCGAGUGAGGGAAGGCUUUCGUUUGAAGGGGCUGGUGGGUUUGGGUCUUCUGGGGUUGGAAAUGAGAGAGGGAAUGAGGAAUUUUACAGGCUUGUGGAUAGGAGUAUUAAUGCCACCAUUGUGCUUGCAGCUGGUACUUUUGCUAUUACCAAGUUGCUCACUAUUGAUCAGGAUUAUUGGCAUGGAUGGACUAUAUAUGAGAUUGUAAGAUACGCACCUCAACACAACUGGACUGCUUAUGAGGAAGCUCUCAAGGCUAAUCCAGUGUUAGCCAAAAUGGUAAUUAGUGGUGUUGUAUACUCUGUCGGGGACUGGAUUGCACAGUGCUUUGAAGGAAAACCUUUAUUUGAGUUUGACCGGGCACGAAUGUUCAGAUCUGGACUUGUUGGUUUUACUCUCCAUGGUUCCCUAUCACACUACUAUUACCAGUUUUGUGAGGAGCUUUUUCCUUUCCAAGGGUGGUGGGUGGUUCCUGUCAAAGUAGUCUUCGACCAAACUAUUUGGGCAGCAAUUUGGAACAGCAUUUACUUUACAGUUUUGGGAUUUUUGCGUCUUGAAUCUCCUAUCAAUAUUUAUAGUGAACUGAAAGCAACAUUCUGGCCCAUGCUGACUGCAGGGUGGAAGCUUUGGCCAUUUGCUCAUCUUAUUACAUAUGGUGUGAUCCCCGUUGAACAAAGGCUCUUAUGGGUGGACUGUGUAGAGUUAAUUUGGGUGACUAUACUCUCAACUUAUUCCAAUGAAAAGUCUGAAGCAAGGAUUUCUGACGCACCAGCUGAAGCAAGUUCCAGCUCUCCUAACAUAAGUCCUCUUGAGGAGUAAAAAUUUGAAAACAACUAGAAUAUGAGGGACUUACAGGAGAGAUUGCUCAAUGAGUAAGUUGAGGACUAAAAUCCACUGAAUGGUGUUCUGUGGCUCGAGAGGUGUAGCAUUGUGGAAAUAUGCCUGGGCUGGUUGAUUAUGGUAGAUAUAUCCUGCACAUAUCUCAGAAUUCCCACGUGUAUGCUAAGUGACACAUCCACUUCUAUAUUGAUCACGAUUCAUCAUACAUAAACUUAGAUAAUUCAACUAAUUUAUGUAAAACCCCAAAAAAGAAAAUAUACCUAGUCAAUGUAAAAUUAACAUGAUUUUUAUAGUAGUUGUAGGAAUCUUUUUUUAUUUGGAUAUCUUCUCUUGGAGCUCAAGAAAAUUGUUGGAUGGGGUUGACAUUUCCCAGUGAUGUAGUGCCGGUGGAGAAGUAUACAGUACAUAAUACAUUAUUGUGUUUAGCAUAAUCAUUUUACAUCCUAA